GACUCACUUUAUUUUCUCACUAAGAAUAUUUUUUUAUAUAUUUAUUGAGACACAAAAUGUUCAAGGUGAGGAUCUCGGCUUAUUCACAGAUAAUGAACCAGCUCAUAGUGUACAUCACAGUCUCAGUUGUGUAUUUAAGGUUUUGCAAAGGUGCACGUCAGGCUUCACCAUAACCACCAAAGCAGUGCUGAGCCAUGGCAUUGAUUCAAUACAGAAGGAUAAAUCCUCUUAAAGGGUCAAAGGUCAGUGUCCCAAACCUGACCCAAAAUGUGUGUUUUUGUUUGUAUAGUUAAACUAAGCGGACACGUGAGAAACAUCUUUCAGAUGCUGUUUAAAAAGCUGAACUGAACUUUUAAAACCUUUGUAUAGCACUACAAACAUCAGUCAGAUUUAGUUCAUUAAUUUCGACAAAUUAAACGCUUUAAAAAGUGCACACACGUUUUCUCUUUAGUGUUUGAACAGAAUCUUUGCUCCUGUAGCAUUAGUCAGUUGGAGUUUAUUCACACUGGACUUUGCUCAAAGAAGGAGGAGAAAGCUUGUAGUUCAUGAGAGAGGGAGAUUAGAUUAGGUUACGCACCAACUCUUUAGGGAAAGGAUGAAAUAAAGGAAGGAAGGAUGUUCUGGGCACCUUGAACAGCUUCUGGAUUGUGAUUGGUUUAUUUGGUGAAGCUCAGCACCGGGUCUCUGAAACAGGGCUGAGAUUGUGUUCGGGGUGGACAGACGGGUUGCCUGAGAGAAGUCAACAGUUCAGCAUGCUGCUGGAAGUUUUAUUCAUCCUUCAUGUUCUUCAGAGUCAGGUGCUGACCGUUAAAUCCUCCUCCUCUGAGUCAGACGAGAGCAGUGAACGGGAUGAAGAACACAGUAAAGGUUCCUCUCAUCAGCAACACUGGGGUUACCAUGAUCAAGAUUCGUGGUUAUCUUCAUAUGUAGAUUGCGGUGGAAAAUCUCAGUCUCCUAUUAACUUAAACACACGUCAGGUGACGUAUGAUCCCAGACUUCCUGUGAUUCAUCUGGAGGGUUAUGACCUCACAGACACGCCUCCUCUUUCCCUCCUCAACAAUGGACACACAUUGCAGUUGUCUCUGCCGAACAGCAUGCGUAUUGUCAGAGGAUUUCAUCAGAUUUAUGUCGCAGCUCAGCUUCAUUUCCACUGGGGUACAACAGAGGUGCCGGGUUCAGAACACACCAUCGAUAACAUUCAUUUCCCUGCCGAGAUUCAUGUGGUUCAUUAUAACUCCAAAUACCCAAAUCUUUCUGAGGCCGCCAGUAAAGCAGAUGGACUGGUCGUGUUGGGAGCAUUCAUAGGUAUUGGCCUUCAUGAAAAUGACAACUAUGAAAAGAUCUUGUCUGCUUUGACAGACGUCAGCAGAGAGGAGUCCAACACUGAGGUUCCUGCUUUUAACAUCCGCCAUCUUCUGCCAAACAGUUUGGAGAGGUUUUAUAGGUACAACGGCUCCCUGACAACUCCUCCAUGCUUUCAGACGGUCAGCUGGACGCUCUUCAAUGAUACCAUCAGAGUGUCAAGAAGACAGCUAGCUGCUUUGGAGGACACACUGAAAACAGAACACAACAAACUCUUAUCCAGAAACUUCAGAGCGCCACAACUUCUGCAUGGCAGAAACGUUCUGACGUCUUUCCAAACAGUAGCUGCUGCAGGGAGUGCCAGAGGAGCACAUCUGUCUGAAACUCAAGAUGCCAAUAUAAAGGAAUCAAGUGAAACUCACGAAGCACUCUCAAAAGGGGAUGUUCUGGCUAUUGUCUUUGGAGUUCUCUUUGCAGUCACACUGUUGGCCUUCUUAAUGUAUGCAUAUCAACAACGGAAAAAGUACUCAAAGUAUAAAAGACAUUCGAAGCGAAACGUAAUUUAUAAACCGGCUGUGAAAGAAGAGGCAUAGAUCAAACCUGCGUAUGUCCUGAACCAUUACUGAUAAGUGUUCAACAUGAAGAUCUGCUGUGUUAUUAUGUAUGAAGUUUAGAAAUGAAUUUCUCUAUUUUAACCCCCCCCAAAAUAUUUAUUUGCAUAUUAAUCAAAGCAUCAUGUUGUCUGUUUGUGUUAUGUUUAGGAAAAACUGUGAUUCAAUUCAGUUCAAUUCAUGUUUAUUUAUAAAUUAAAAUGAGGAAAAUUAUUACGUUAUUAACCUAAUGAUGUUGUAUGUUUAAAUGAUCAUGUUCUACUUGCACAAACAAUGUUACUCUAAACAAGAGCUUAGUUAUAUAGUCCGGUUAACAGCUGUCGGUUGUUUUUAGAAUUGUUAGUUUUGUGUAUCUUUAAAUGUAUCUUUCUUAUUUAUUUGCUGUUUAAAAAGUAAUUUGUUUCCUAUGUUCAUCAUUUUUAUUUGCAGUGUUUCUUUAGUUCAGCUGCUAGAGCAAAUGUGUAAAGGUUGUGGGUUUGAUCGUGGGAUGACUUUGGAUGAAAAAACCAUCUUGUGAUUGUGUAAAUGAGCUUUAAAUUUCUUGGUGGUGGGGGGGUGAUGUGUGAUGGUAUACAAUUAU